AUGGUAGUUAUAUAUACUGCGUACUUCGCCCGCGACCUACCUCCUAGCACUCCUAAUGUACCUACUCGAAAGGACUGUGUAUUGGUCCCCACGCGAAGCUUAGAUGGUGGUUUAAUGAGCGCGCAAGUCUUGACAUCCGCAGCCCCUAUAAUGAUCCGUGCCUUGUCCUUUAAAGCUCCAGCUGAAAAAGAAUUGGCCUGGAUUCGGACAUAUGGAAGCCCUCGUUUUCCCUUUCAACGUGCCUACAGGAAACAUUGGCUUGCACCGUACCCUGUUCUUACAUGUCCGAAGCUCAACCUUCCCAUUCUCCGCCAUCCCAAUCUUCAGCCCAACAACAUUUUCAUCUCUGAAGAUUUUAAGAUCACAGGUCUUAUUGACUGGCAGCACUCUUUAGUGCUUCCAAUAUUUCUUGCUGCUGGCAUACCACGAUCAUUUCAAAAUUAUGGUGAUGAGCAGUUCCGCCGCCGUCAUUCCGUGAGAAGUCCUCAACACCCACCCCAUUGCAAGUGGAUAUCGCGCAGGCAUCGCAGAAUUGGUCAAAGAUUGCCCACAUUCCGUUCAGAUGGAAGCUUUCCUGCAUGUCCGGUUAUAAUUAGCCAGCAGGAUCCCCAGAAGAUGGCAGCACUGAAUGAUUCACUGAGGGAUGUGGACACUGAAUUGAAACAGAUCAAUAUGUUCCUUGGUGUUGGGUCUGAUGGAUGGACAUCAAAUGAAUUGUUUGAGCAAGUGAAAGAGAGAUCACGGUCGAUCAAGGCGGACGGGCUUGCCGCGCAGUCAAUGAUGACCCGUGGCUGA